AUGAUCGACCUUGAAGGCGGUACAGUGGAAGUGUACGAUUCAAGCUCGUCUUCAUACACGAUGAGCGUGCGUGUAUUGGCACAGACCUCGCAUUUGAAAUAUUCUGUGGUGCUGAACCACUAG